UUAUCAGUUAACUUUCUGGCAUGUACACAGGCGUGUUUUUCGUAGAUCAAUAUGAAGCCAGAAACAGAACGUUGUUCAGUGGAGAUUUAAUCAUAGUCCAGGAAUGUGUGUGGAUUCUAGAUAAACAAUGGCAAUUAGAGAACUCUCUUCUAGUUCUAGCAGUCUUAAAUCUGCAACAAUUAUUUUACUUGUUGUGCUAGUUAUUCAUAUAGUUGGAUUUUCUUUACCAAGAUGGAUUUCUGUAGAAUUAACACUUACACAACGUAUGGAACAUAUGGAAGGACAGACCAUCGAAACCGGCUAUCAUGUCGGUCUCUGGCAACAUUGUGCAUGUGCAAACUUUCUCGACUCCGGUGCAUGUCUUUGUUUCUCCAGAACAAAUGAUCCAACGUGGUUCAACAUAGUACAGGCUGCGGAAACCCUCGGACUUAUUGGACUAGUUGUGUCUAUGUUAUUGUCACUGACCACGUUGUUCUAUCAAAAGAACAAGAAGUUUAUGAUAGCCAACGUCCUGAUUUUACUGGUCUCAGGUACAUUGAUGGUGGUUGGUUUGGUCGUUUUCAAAGUCAAAACGGAUACAUUUGAGUUAUUUAAAGACUUGGGUAAAAUUGAUACAUCAGUAAUGGAAAUCGACCAAGUUCACGCCAAGCUUAAUUACGCUUAUUUCCUGUGUGGUGUUGCAGGCUGCCUUAGUAUACUCGUGUGCGCGCCUCUCUAUGUGAAAGAUUUAUGUUCUUAUACCCCCGACACAUUGAAUGAAUCUGCGGUACAAUAUACAGCUCAAGGUCAAUGCCUUGUACAAGGAAAUAUGGACAGCGGAUAUAUGAGAACCUCGGAUGAACAAUAUGGAUUUCCACCAGCUUACGAGCAGCGUUAUGUGCCGAACAAUGCUGAACUGCCCUAUAAAUCAUAACGUGAACAGUGCAGAACUGCCCUUUAAAUCAUAACGUUCUCAAGCGCAUACAUUCACGUUUUAUAAAUGCCUUGUAAGUAGCAAAAUUACACAUGUAUUUUAAUACCUUUAAAAUAAUAUAGUUUAUCAUGGUAUCACCGUAAUUACAGGACGGUGCCUUACGUGCUUGUUGUAGUUUAGAGAAGGGCAUCGUUAGACUUAGUAUCCACGUAGACAAUAACAAUUACGCCAAUAUUUGACGCUAUGUAUGCAAAUUAGCAAAUGUUCGGAUUAAGGCGAUAGCGGUGUGGAUGCGAUACUGUACAUUAUGUAAAUAGUCCACGAGUAUGGUCUUCUCAUGACGUGUUUAGCUCGAGUUAAUAAUUACACUAUAUGAAUUGUCCUUCUAUAUAUCUUUUGUGAAAAUGCAUAAAAAUAUAAACAAACCCGGAGGGAUUUUUUUAAAGAUUGUGUGUACAUACAGAACGUUGAUUCCAAUCCCGGCGUCAUGAUUCGAUCAAAUAUGGACAAUCGAUCUCCGAUGCAUGUAUAAAUAAAUCUGUUCAUCGUAUAUAAAUAAAUAUUUGUAUAUUGACAAAA